AUGAACGACACAGUAACCGUCAGGACCCGGAAAUUCAUGACGAACCGGCUGCUUCAGAGGAAGCAAAUGGUCGUCGAUGUCUUGCACCCAGGCAAGGCCACAAUUCCCAAAACAGAAAUCAGGGAAAAGCUCGCCAAGAUGUACAAGACCACCCCUGAUGUGGUGUUCGUGUUCGGCUUCAGAACUCAGUUUGGAGGCGGAAAGACUACAGGCUUCGCCAUGGUGUACGACUCCUUAGACUACGCUAAGAAGAACGAGCCCAAGCAUAGACUGGCCAGGCACGGACUCUAUGAGAAGAAAAAGACCUCAAGAAAACAGCGCAAGGAACGCAAGAACAGAAUGAAGAAGGUCAGGGGCAUCAAGAAGGCGUCUGUUGGUGCUGCUGGCAAAAAGUGA